AUGCCGAAUCCUACCACGAGCAGCAAAAUCAGCGAGCAAGGAGCUCCGAUCAGUCCUGGCCACGCGAGGAUCGACAAGGAGGGAUCAAAUCAGAAGAAGGAGAUGAGGAAUCGAGGUUACCAGAUAUGGGAUCGAGAAAGAGUGGAGGAGGACAUUGCCCUCUGUAAACCUCUGGCCCUCGCAGCCGCCACGCGUCUCGUCCGGCAUGCCCAUCCUCUGCGGCUCCCCGACACGGAGCACCGUAUUUGCCCAGAUUCUCUCUGCCCUUCUCUCUCUCUUCCUGGCGAGAGAGCGAGAGAGAAUCCACGCAUCCAUUUAACUCCCUUCUCGCCCACACCUCCUAGUCGAACAUCUUCGCUAGCUGCUAGCUCCUCCUCCUCCUCCUCCUCCGUAGGAGGACGCCAGUCGCGCGGCUUCAUGAUCGGAGCCAUGUCGGCUGGGAAAGUGUGCGAAGUGUGCGGCGGCGGCGGCGGCGGCGGCGCGUGCCCACACUGCACCGACCUUAACCACGCCAUCCCGGUGCUGUUCGGAGAGCCCAUGCGCGAGUUCCAGUUCUUCGGCCACGACGACUCGGUAGCGUGGAUGUUUAACGAUCCCAAGGACGGCGGCGGAUGUGAUCCGCCGCCGGAGGAGCCGCUGCAGCAGCGCGCCGCUGGGGGGUUCAAAUAUCUCGACGUCUUGGGAGGAGGGGGAGGAGGUUUCGACGGCGCUGGACAUGGCCUCACGUUCGACGUCUGCUUGAGUGGCUCCGCCGGGCGACAGGACACGAUCUCCUCGAUGGCGGCGACGUCGAGUGCCACCAUCAGGUCGUUAGCUGGAAGCACAUUCACUGACGCUUCGAGCGGGAUCAACAAGGAGGUCAGAGAAGGCUCGGCUGCUGACGGGCAGGAAGACCCGGCGGUGGAGAGGGAGGCCAAGAUCAUGAGGUACAAGGAGAAGAGGAAAAAGAGGAAAUAUGAGAAACGGAUACGGUAUGCGUCGAGGAAGGCCUACGCUGAAAUGAGGCCGAGGGUAAAGGGGCGUUUUGCAAAGACGCCGGAGGAGGUCCAGCCACCGCCGGAGCAGCCGCCUUAUGGCCCUGAUAGAGUUGACUUUAGAUGGUUGUAUUAAGAAGAGAAGGAAGAAAAUGAAGAAUACUAGAAGUUCCAUAUCCUCGUAGCUAUCGAAUCUCUUGUUAAUUAAGCAUUAAGUGUAAGAAUAUUGGAAGAUAUAUAAUAUGACUUCAGUUAAUUAAUUAUAAUAA